AUGCAACAACAGAUGGUGUUAUGGAAACAACUAAAGGUGAUGAUAACAACAGAAAAUCUUGUGGGAAACAACAAUGCAAUUGAAAUAACAACAGUUAUCGAUAAAACAUUAUUCGUAACAACAGAAUCUGAGGAUGCAACAACUGAAGGUGAUGAUGCAACAACAGAUGCAGUUGAAUUAACAACAAUAGUUUUAGAUACAGCAAUGUUUGCAACUACAGAAGGUGAAGAUGCAACAACUGAUAGUGUUAUGGAAACAACUAAAGGUGAUGAUGGAACAACAGAAAAUGUUGUGGAAACAACAGAUGCAAUUGAAAUAACAACAGUUAUCGAUAAAACAUUAUUCGUAACAACAGAAUCUGAGGAUGCAACAACUGAAGGUGAUGAUGCAACAACAGAUAGUGUUAUGGAAACAACUAAAGGUGAUGAUAAAACAACAGAAAAUCUUGUGGAAACAACAGAU